AUGAGAACCAGUGAAACGAUGUUAAAGGGUUGUGAGGUUGAAGUGUCUUCUGAAAAGGAAGGGUCGAAAGGCGCCUGGUUCCGAGCGGUCUUAGAGGAGAACGCUACUGGAUGUCCACUGACCAAACUCCGUGUCCGCUACACGACUCGGCUAAACAAUGACGGUUCCUCUCCCCUCACAGAAACUGUCGAGCAGGGACUCAUCCGAUCGAUACCACCGGAGGAUCUUCAAAACAGCAUCGUUUUGGAGGAAGGAACGGUGGUCGACGUGGAUCACAAAUAUGGGUGGUGGGUUGGUGUUAUCGUAAAGAAGAGAUUAGAGGGUGACAAGUUCUUGGUUUACUUGAAUUCACCACCGGACAUAUUAGAGUUUGAAAGAAACCAAUUGCGUGCUCAUCUUGACCGGACCUAUUCGAAAUGGGUCGUACCAAAACCCAAGGAACUGAAUAAGUCUAUGUUCAGCUCCGGAGCAAUGGUGGAAGUCAGUUUUGUCGUCGGUGAAAAAAAGGAAUUUGCGUGGUUACCAGCGUUGACGGUUAUAGUGGUUGAAGACGGAGGUGUAAACAAAUUCUUUGUCAAGUACCUGAUUCAGAGGUUCAGCACCAGUUGUGAUGAGCCAACACCAAUACCGCUUGUUGAUGCACAACGUGUUAGACCCGCACGACCGCCUAAUUCUUCAACCGAAGAGUAUACGAUAUCGGAAACGGUAGAGGUGUUUCAUCGUCUUGCAUGGUAUCGAGGGUCAGUGAGUGGGAUUCUCACUCAGAACCGUUACUUGGUUAGUAUAGAGUCUACAAAGGAGGAACUUGAGUUUAAGCACUCGAGACUUCGACCCUUGAUGGUGUGGGAACAUGGGGUUUGGCGUAAAGAACCAAAGCAAAUGGCCGUAAAGGAGAAUAAAAUUGGCCCUUGUUCUGGUGCUAAGCCACUCACUAAAGCUAAUAAUGAGGCUGCCACUGGAGAAUCGAGUAAGAAGAAGGCUAAUGCUGUUAUGAAUGAUAAAACUCCUCAGGGCACAGCCCCACCAGUAACACCAACUGCAGGAGGAGAAAAAUCCUUUGAAAAUACUCUUAAUAAAACUAGGAUUCAGAUUGGCUUGACAAAUGAUUCCACUCGACAGAAGAUGCCUACGGAGACGAAUAGCAAAGCUACUGGUAGCAAAAGGCAAAGAGAACAAGUACAACACUCGUACCUGAAUAAAACUGGAAAUGUAUAUGCUACUUUGGAAGAGAGGAUUAGGCAAAGCAGACAAAAGGGAAAACUUGUAAAAGAAACUCCAAAGAAUCCAAUAAGGAGCUCUUCUUUUGGUGCUAAGCCCAUGAAUCCACAUGACAAUGGCCAGACACCCACUUUAGCUGCCAACUGGGGGUUGAAAAAGAAGAGGACUAAUUCUAUGGUGAAUGAUAACGCUCCUCGGGUCGGAACAUCAAGAGCUGGGACUCGCAGUGGUGGCAACAAUGAAGAAGUUGGUGAACAGUCUCUCGCUGCUUGGAUAAUGGGUUUGCCUUUUGCAAAGACGUUACCAUUUUGGAAGACGUACGAAUCAGCAGGUUUCGAACAUUUUCCACAACGACCUCACUUCACCCCAUUGCUUAAAGAUAAAGAGGAUAUCCGUGAGUUGUCAGCGGUUGGUAUGAUAGUCACCUUUUACGGGUUACUAGACGAAGUAAAAGGCCUGAAGCGCGAUGAUCCCAUGAGCAAGCUCAAGGGUCUCAAUGUGGAAUUUGCCAAACUAAAAAAACAUGGUUUCAACACCAAAUCUCCUCAAGCUACAAUCAACAAAUUGUUGUAUCUUAAAGAUGUGCGAGCUAAGAAAGCCGAGAAGCAACGAUGUUUGGAGAAGUCCAUUGAAAAGGAAGAGUGUGAAAGUCUUAAAUUACAAUCCAAGAGGGCUACCUUGAAGCGCAAGAUUUGUGAGCUGCUGACACAAGAUAAAGUUGUGAAAGUGAAGAUGAAUGCUGUUGAGAUAAAGAUAGCAGAAAUGAAGUCACAAGCCGAAAAGAUUGGUCAAGACGUUGAAGAUAUGGAAGUUGAGUUUCAAAAAGUUUUAUCGGCUCCAUGGUAAUAGGUUAACAUUAACAUCUCCCCUGCUUUGGUAAAUGAAACUAAAAGACUUGUCUUUGAUUGUUGGAUAUUAUGUUUGUCUUUGAUUGUUGGAUAUUAUGUUUGGGUGUUUAAGGUUAACUACCCUUUAUUUAACUUUAUAAGUCAUUCUUGGUCUCAAUGACCAUUUCAGCUUUAA